UCACUGCAGCCACUAUGUCCUCCUUCUCUGAGUCGGCGCUAGAGAAGAAGCUCUCGGAGCUGAGCAACUCUCAGCAGAGCGUGCAGACCCUGUCCCUGUGGCUCAUCCACCACCGCAAGCAUGCGGGACCCAUCGUCUCCGUGUGGCACCGCGAGCUCCGUAAAGCCAAAUCAAAUAGAAAGCUUACUUUUCUGUAUUUAGCGAAUGAUGUCAUCCAAAACAGUAAAAGGAAAGGACCUGAAUUCACUAGAGAAUUUGAAUCUGUCCUUGUGGAUGCUUUUUCUCAUGUUGCCAGAGAGGCAGAUGAAGGCUGUAAAAAACCUUUAGAAAGAUUGCUGAACAUCUGGCAAGAACGAAGUGUGUAUGGCGGCGAGUUCAUACAGCAGCUGAAGCUGUCUAUGGAGGACUCCAAGAGCCCUCCCCCCAAAGCAACAGAAGAGAAGAAAUCUCUGAAACGAACUUUUCAGCAAAUUCAAGAGGAGGAGGAUGACGACUAUCCUGGAAGCUACUCGCCUCAGGAUCCUUCUGCAGGACCCCUCUUGACUGAGGAACUAAUCAAAGCUUUGCAGGAUCUGGAAAAUGCCGCAUCAGGGGAUGCUACUGUCCGACAGAAAAUUGCUUCUCUGCCCCAGGAAGUGCAGGAUGUUUCUCUGUUGGAAAAAAUAACAGACAAAGAGGCAGCUGAACGUCUUUCGAAAACAGUAGAUGAAGCAUGUCUGUUACUAGCAGAAUAUAACGGGCGCCUGGCGGCAGAACUAGAGGACCGUCGCCAGCUGGCUCGGAUGUUGGUGGAGUAUACCCAGAAUCAGAAAGAUGUUUUGUCAGAGAAGGAGAAAAAGCUGGAGUUGCACUCUCCUCUGUGUAUUGUUGGGGAAUCAUUCUGGUUUCUAUAGAACCAGUGGUUUCCUGGACGCUACGAGAGGGCAUUAAGGUGGAGAAACAGAUUAGAGAUUUGGAUCUCUUCAGUAACUUUCCAGUCUGCAUUGCUCUGCCCAGUUCAUUCAGUGGAAUGGUGUUGGCAUUCCAUUGCUGAAGAAGCGGAACAGAAAGCCUCCCCCACUGGAACCAAAGUACAGAGCCUGAACUGAAGGUUUUUACCUCAAACCAGGCCUCCCAGGCACGUGAGCGGAACCAUUGAUUGUAAAAAUAGAGCCAAACUUGCUGCAUUUAAGAAAGCAAAUGACUAGAUACAAUAUAAGGUUUUGUUGUAUUUCGUUUUGAGAUGGAGUCUUGCUCUGUUGGAGUGCGGUGGUGUGACCUCAGAUCACUGUAACCUCUACCUCCCAGGCUAAAGCGAUCCCCCUAUCUCAGCCUCCCAAGUAGCUGGGAUUCCACGCAUGUACCACCAUGUCCAGCUAAUUUUUUUAUUUCUAGUAGAGACGGGAUUUCACCAUACUGGCCAGGCUGGUCUUGAACUCCUGGCCUCAAGUUAUCUUCCUGCCUUGCAGUAUAAGAUUUGAGAGAUGGUUUUAGUUCUUUUCUUUAUCCAUGCUUGCUAAAAAUACAGGCAAUCUGCUCUCCUGAACCUAAGAUUUUUCUCUCACAUUCUGUAAUAGACUGGUCCUGUUCCAUCACAUCCCUGUGGUGGUGGCACAACUUGAUAAAUAUGUGCCACUUGAAAGAUGCGUAAAUACUAUGCGUUCCUUCAAACUGUCCGAAAGUCUCUCUCUGCGUGAUGGGGCAGUACAUAAAGUACCUGCUUUCUUAACACUCAUUUUUGUAACACAGCCAGUCCAUUUUAAAACUGCCAAAUCAGAAUGGUAAUUACAUCUUUUAUUUUGUUAAUCCUUUCAUUGCCUUCAGUGUAUACAUACAUGGAAUUCUCAGAACUCUUUGGAGAUGUGGUUAUUUGCUUGGGAGUCCAUUUUCUUCCCAGAGCUCUAACAUACUUAGUUUUCUUUGUCCUUUCCUUCUUAAGUUGAUAUCUUGCUUUAUGUAAUAAUUAUCUUUUUCUCUUUCACUCGGGAAUUUUAUGUUGGUGGAUUUUAUGGAAGGAAUUUUAUGUCAGGAUAAGGCAUGUGAUGAUUCAAGAGCCUGGGAUGUAGGAGAGGGAAUUAUAGCUCGAAGGAGGAGACUAUGUUUCUUCCCUCAAGGAAAUCAUAUUCUGGCAUAAACAGCACAGGCGAACAUAAAACCAAACCAACUGACUGUACCUAAUGUAGAUUAAGGAGGCGUUUGGCAGUUCUGAUUGUGGUAUAAGGUAGUCCAGACUUCCUCUCAGGCAAUAAAACCUUUUUGUAAAAGGAACUAGCGGUUGAAGAAGAGUAGCGUGUUUAUAAAUCGGAGCAGUUAGACUGGGGCAGGCAGGUAUCUGAAAAAACACAAAGCAGAUGUGGGAAGGAGGUGCUGGAGACUACCAGUGGGGGCUUAAGGUCUGUGCUGUUGAAGAAGCUACCUCUUCGUUCAGGGAGUCAGCAAAGCCUGUGCCAGCCAGAUGUACAAAGAUGAACAAGAUGCUCUUCUCCCCUCAAAGGGCUUACACUUGAGUUGGGGGAAACAGCAGCAAGCAAGGGGUUAAUACAGAAUUCAGGAAAGGUUGUCAGUAAGGAAAAAUGUCAGUAAGACCUGUUUCUCCAUUGAAAUGACCAAGAAAAAAAUGAAGAUGCUAAUAAUAAUUUGAUCAGAUGCUUAUUAGAAAUGUGCGAAUUAUCAAAUCAUGGGCAGUUUCUGAAACCAUAAUGCCUUCAGCAGGUCUCCCAGAGUGCUGGACUGUAUGCUCUUUGAGUGCUCUCACAGUGCCAGGAACGUAUUUGUUCCUCAAUAAAUAUUCUGUAACUGAAAUCCAUCAAUUGAUGUAACCUUUUUUUGUAGAGAAAAGGUUUUGUUUUUUUAGGUUGCAUUAAAAAUGGCUUAACAAACCUGAUUUAAUGAUUGAUUGUAAAGAAUAUGUUAGUACAGAAAGGUAACCAUUUUUAGCAAUUUCUGUAGGUUUCUCUUUUCUGCUACUUUUCUUUUUUCCUUUAAGUAGAAUUAUGCUUUGUUUUGAGAUAAUCAUUCAUUGUUUUGUUUUGUUUUGUUUUGUUUUGUUUUGCUUUUGACUUUCGCUUCUGGGUGUCAUGAUUAACUUUGACCUAUGAUGUUGGCCCUUAAACACCAGGCAUGGGUGGAAGGAAUGCUGCUGAAAAUCUGUUUGUAAUGUUUCUGUCAUGAAAAUGAAAAAACCUAGAAAUGGAAAAGAAGACAUGUGGAAGGAGGCACAAAUAGCAGCCCAAAGGGGAGAUUAGGGAGUGUGGAGGGCAUAGGAGAAAGCCUAUUUGAAAAAGCAAAGGCCAAAGAUGCCAGAAAAGCCUUCCAACUUCACUUCCAGAGCAAAGAGAAAGUAUGUUUGUGGUUGACAGAGGUGACUCAUUACUCCCAGGUGUCUACUGAAAGCUCAUAAGACAGUCUGAGUGGGUUGGGCAGAGUUCCUGUCUUGUCAGUUUGAAUAAAGCAUGGUAUGGACAUGUUCCAUUAGCACGAUCAGUGCAUGUGGAAAAGUGUCUCUGUGUGUGUGAGAAAAAGCCUAUUUGUAUAAGUAUUAAAGAAAGAAAAAAGGUCAGGAAUCUGUAGUUUUACCUUAACUGUUAUUUAUUUUUCUUUUUGAGACAGACUCUUGCUCUGUUGCCCAGGCUGGAGUGCAGUGGCAUUAUCUCAGCUCACUGCAACCUCCACCUCCUGGGUUCAAGCAAUUCUCCUGCCUCAGCCUCCUGAGUAGCUGGGAUUACAGGUGCCUACCACCAUGGCUGGCUAAUUUCUGUAUUUUUAGCAGAGACAGGGUUUCACUGUUCAUCAUGUUGGCCAGGCUAGUCUUGUAGUCUCCAUCUCCUGACUUCAGGUGAUCCGCCCGCCUCGUCCUUCCAAAGUGCAGAACCACCACGCCUGGCCUUGAGUUAAUUUUUGUUUGUGGUGUGAUAUGGGAGGGGACCGACUUUGUUCUUUUGCGUGUAGAUACCCAUUUGUCCCAGCACCAUUUGUUGAAGAGGCUACUCUUUCCUCCAACUGAAUGCCCAGCACCCUUGUCAAAAAUCAGUUGGCCAUAGAUAUAUGGGUUUAUUUCUGGAUUCUCAAUUCUAUUCUGUUAAUCUCUAUGUCUAUCCUAUGCUGAUACCACACUGUCUCCAUCACUAGUUCUGUGGUGGUAAGUUUUAAAAUCAGGAAGUAUGAGUCCUCAGAGUUCUUCUUUUUCAAUGUUGUUUUGGAUAUCGGGACCACUUGCAAUUCCCUAUGAAUUUAACAAUCGCCUUUUUCAUUUCUGCAAAAAAGGUCGUUGAAAUUUUAUUAGGGAAUGCAUUGAGUCUAUAGGUCAUUUUGGGGAGUAUUGCCAUUAACAGUCCUAAGUGUUUCAACUCAUGAACAGGGGAUGCCUUCCCAGUUAUUUAAGUCUUUAAUUUCUGCUGCAGAGUUUAAAAAAGCAUCCUAGAAUGUCAUGUACUGAUCCGUCUGAUAUUAUAAAGGCCCUGUCUAGGUAUCAGCACGACAGAUGAAGGGCAGUGGUAUCACCUUUCAGUUGUCAGCGUUAACGCCCACCUUUAGAAGAUUCGAGUAUUUCUGCACUCCGUAAAGUUACCAGGGCACAGUCACAACAGCAGCUUUACAAAGUAAAGUGACACAUGGAGGCCUGGAUAAAUAUCUGGAUUAUUGAACUGGACAGAACCUUAGAGAUCAUAUAAUCAGACUUCUGAAUUGAUGAAGACACUCAGGGAGAGUUAGCUGCAGACCGGGAUAGAGUCCAAGGCAGACAUCUGGUAACUUCAUCAGAUUUGUGCUUUUGUUUUGAUUUCAGAAUUUUGAUUCUGCAACUUCAACAGCAGGAAGACAUCUUACACAGAAGAGUAGCCAAAGUUUAAUCAUUUAAACAAUUCCCAAGAAUCUUGUUGUAGAGAAAUGACAUUUUAUGUAGAAUCAUAAAAUGGUUGCAUGAAAGCAUUCUAAGUGUGAAAACCUACUCUGCCACCGAGGUUGGGUACCCUCCUCGCUGUACCCAUGCUCAUGCUCUUGGUCUGAUAGGCGGGGAGAAAUUGGCUCUUGAACUUAAAGCUACUGCUGUUUCUCCUAAGCUUGGCACCUCCCCCUUUGCUAUAGUGACUACUCAGUAGAGCCUCUGACUUCAGACAACACAGCUGGGAAGGGGGAAAUGGUUCAGAAUUCAACAUUGCCUUAUGAAUCUUCAAAUUUAUGUUUGUAUUGUGCUUCUAACAACUUGAGAAAUUCUUUGGCUACAGCUGAGGGGGCGCUAAACCAAAAUGAUGGCAGAUAGUUGUUUUUGGCAGCACCUCCCUGCAGGGUGCAGAUGGUUAGAAUCUUUUGUUUCAAUAAUUGGCCAGGCAGUAGGGGGAGAUAGAGAGCUCCUUUUUUGUCAACUUUGGAGUAAAUUCUGUCUUCCCUGUGAUAAUCAAAGCCAGUAUCUCACUGACCUAUUAUGGUAAGGACAGAUGGGAGCAGGUGAUCUAAUCGUCAUUUUAGGUAAGAGCUGUGGGGUUUAUAUGAGCAGUUCAGGGUCACAGAGGAAGCCAGUGAGGACCAGUACCUGAAUCUUCUGGCUCCUAAGUACAGUGAUCAUCCACUGGGUUCCCCUGGGAGCUGAGAGGCCCUGCCUAGAGCUGGCCCCCUCCCCUCAAGUCCUCUAAACUCACUGCCCUUCCUUAGCAUAUGACUUCUCCUCCCUAGGCUGGCAGCUCUGUCAGUACCCAGGUUGUUAGAACAGUUGUUGAAACAGGUCAGUCUGCUGCCAGGUGAUUAUGGGGCCUUGCGCUCAGUCCUUUCCCACGAAGCAGCUACUCACUGCUUGCUCUCCCUUGCCUUUUCAUCCCUACUUUGAUAUGGGAGCUUUUUUUUUUUUUUAAAUGCUGGCUUCCCUCCAGUAUGUGAGGACUUUUCUGGAAUUGAUGCAUGAGUUUCUGUGAGUGAUUUGGAGUUAGAGGCUGCAUAUUGGGUCCUUGGAUUUCUUUUGUUCAUUUUAGUCACUACUGACCUUAUUACUCAGGUCUAAUUACAGCUGGAGCUUUUAUCUGUUUGGUGUGUAGUAUGUUUCUUUAUUACAAUGUGAUACGUACGAUACUUCUUUCUCACCCCAGGAAAAUAAUGCCACAUUAUAAAAAUGUAAUGUACUUCACAUACUUAGUGACCUAAAAACAUUGUUUGCCAACAUUUGAGACUUUACAUUGAAAAACUGACAUGUUUCAAAGCUCUCCCAGCAAGAAUUCAUGCUUUUAGCCUUAGUACCAUUUUCAUAUUUGUAGCCCAACUUCUGUAGGCAGUGUAGCCCCUGCUUUACAGAGCAGUGCCACUGGGUUUCAGCUGGUAUAUGUAGCACUAAUUUUUCAUAGUUAUGAAAUGCAUAUACAUAUGAAGUCGAAACAGUACCUGGGCCUCUUGUCACUCCUUGGCUGCCAGAACAUUCACUCUGACUCAACUAGUACUCA